AGUUAUUUAAAGCUGGUUGACAUACUGAUUACGCAAUUUUUCUUGCGCUCUUUUAGUUAGUAUGCAACAAGCAUUGCACUGGACAAGAUGGACUCAGCCAAGGUGUUGAUAACUUUUGCCAUACUUUCUUGUUAUAUAGCAGCUGUCGAGGGCUGUGGACGUACACUAAGGUGUUACAGAUGUAACUCUUUGGAUUCACCGGCCACGUGUGGUGAGAGGAACUUUAAUGCUGACGCACACAAAGGUGACAUCAUCAGUGGAAACGACUUUUUCAUGAGCUGUACACAUGGUUAUACUGAAACUGAUAAGGGAGCCUUAUACUAUUAUCGGAGCACAUCCACCCGCCAUCUUGAUGACGGAUUGGUUGGAAGAAGAUGGGCCUGCAACGAAGACCUUUGUAACGAGUCAACGGGAAUGUUUAUAGCCUCCAACUUUCUCUUCUGCUACCUGAUGUCAGUUAUUGCACUUAUAAUGGUAGUAUGAAUUAGAGGAAAAAAAGAAUUCAAGCGAUUUCAAACCGAUUAAGAUGAUGCAAAUGAAAUGACAUAUUUCCAAUAUGCUAUGCACAUAUUGUAUAAGAAAGUAAACAAUUUUAUAUAAUGUAAAUUUUUAUUGAUAAACUACGUAAAAGCAGACGCAUAAAUAAAAUAAUAAAUCUAAA